AUGUCCUACUAAUAAUAAUAGGAAAUUAGUUUUAUUGGAAUUCAUUUUAAUCAGAAUCAGAAUAGCAGAUUCAGCGCAAAUAAGAGUAAAAUCGCUAAAAUGGUAUUCAAGAAGGAUAGUUGUUAUUAUAAAAGUAUUAGGAAUAGACUGUUAAAAAGAUUGAAUGAAAUACAUAUAAACAUAAAAAUCGAAUAUUAUACUAGUUAUUUUGAGAUUUAUUUAUUUAUUUAUUCAUUCAUUCUAAAAUAGUAAAUAGAAAAUAAAUUCUUUGUUAAAAUAUUUUAAUUUAAAAAGUUAGUUUUUAAGUAAAUUAUUUAUUUUUAUAAAAUUUUAGAAAAAUAUUUAGAAUAAUUAGGGAUACUGGAAACUAUUAUAAUAUUUAUGGUAAAAUAAACUACUUAUCAGUCUAUCUUUAAUUAUAUAAAAUAUUAGUAAUUGUGCAUUUAAAAAUUAUAAUUUUUUUUGCUGACUCGAUUUUUUUAAGACUAAAUAACAAAUUAAUCUAGUUUACGACUUUAAAAUUGUUCAUAAUGA